UGACUGAAAGAGGAGAGGGGCGGGACUUCCGUUGUCAAGGCGAAAUGCCCGGAGCUGGUGCUGGUUCGUGUGUUGGAGAGUGAGGCGGAGGAGGUUGACUUUGCCACUCGCUGCUGUUGCCGAUCUUCUUACCAGACAGUUUGUAUUAAUCCUCUUGAAGCCCAGGGAUGCCCACUGAAAGUGGAAGCUGGGCAGCUGCACGCCAGACAAAGCAGAAACGCAAAUCUCACAGUCUGUCCAUAAAGAGGACCAACAGCUCAGAGCAAGAUCGCCUCGGGCUGCAGAGAGACAUGUUGGAAGGACAGGAUUCCAAGCUGCCGUCAUCCGUGCGCAACACGCUGCUGGAUCUUUUUGGGCAAAUAGAGAGAGAAUUUGAGAAUCUUUACCUGGAGAACUUGGAAUUACGUCGGGAAAUGGAUACACUGAGUGAUCGCUUGGCAGUGGAAGGACACGCUAUAGAUGGAGCGGAAUUGAGCAAGGGACAAAUGAAAACAAAAGCUAGUCACAGUACAAGCCAGCUUUCUCAGAAGUUAAAGACAACUUACAAAGCUUCUACCAGCAAGAUUGUCUCAAGCUUCAAGACCACAACAUCGAGAGCUAUCUGCCAGCUUGUUAAAGAUUAUGUCGGCCACAGAGACGGCCUUUGGGAUGUCAGUGUUACACGGACGCAGCCAGUGGUGCUUGGUACUGCUUCUGCAGAUCACACAGCAUUACUCUGGAGUAUAGAGACUGGAAAAUGCCUCAUUAAAUAUGUUGGUCACGCUGGAUCAGUGAAUUCUAUAAAGUUUCACCCAACGGAACAGAUUGCAUUAACAGCAUCUGGAGAUCAGACCGCUCACAUUUGGCGCUACAUGGUGCAGUUACCCACCCCUCAGCCAACAGCAGAUACUAGUAUUUCUGGAGAGGAAGAAGUGGACUUUUCUGAUAAAGAUGAAAAUGACGGGGAUGGGGAUGCCUCCAGUGACUGCCCCACUGUCAGAGUCCCUUUAACUGCACUGAAAAGCCAUCAAGGUGUUGUCAUUGCAGCGGACUGGUUGGUGGGAGGAAAGCAAGCAGUAACUGCAUCAUGGGACAGGACAGCAAACUUAUACGACGUAGAGACGUCAGAGCUCGUCCAUUCUCUUACAGGUCAUGACCAGGAAUUGACCCACUGUUGUACACACCCUACACAACGCCUGGUUGUGACAUCAUCAAGGGACACUACUUUUCGUCUGUGGGAUUUCAGAGAUCCUUCAAUACAUUCUGUGAAUGUCUUUCAGGGCCACACAGACACAGUGACAUCCGCUGUUUUCACAGUUGGUGACAAUGUGGUGUCUGGCAGUGAUGAUCGCACUGUGAAGGUGUGGGAUUUAAAAAAUAUGAGGUCCCCUAUUGCAACGAUCCGGACAGACUCUGCAGUAAACAGGAUCAGCGUUUCUGUUGGCCAAAGAAUUAUAGCCCUUCCCCAUGACAACCGCCAAGUUCGGUUAUUUGACAUGUCAGGCGUAAGAUUGGCGCGUCUUCCCCGCAGCAACAGACAGGGACACCGUAGAAUGGUCUGUUGCUGUGCUUGGAGUGAAGACCACCCAACAUGUAACCUCUUUACCUGCGGCUUUGAUCGCCAGGCCAUCGGAUGGAACAUCAACAUCCCAGCGCUGCUACAGGAAAAAUAAUCCCUGACAAUGUGGCACUUUCAUUCUCCUUAGCCAUGAACUUUUCUUUAAAGCAGGUGCUCUCCUUCUCCAACCUGCCCUUAUUGAAAGGUCCCUCCAAAAAAAAGAGUUCAUUGUAAGCAUUGUUCUAGUUCCCACAGUCUGUAUGGUGUUUCUGUGGAAAAACAAAUAUUGGGCGAGUCCCUUUCUGAACAUGUUUUGUUGCUGAAAUUAAGCACAUCCUAGUGCUCUUUGUAUAUUCGUCAGCAGUGGUGUAACUAACUGGGGAGCAGAGGGUGCAAUUGCACCAGGGUCCGCUCCCCCUCUGGGCCUGCCGGAGAUAGUACCGCAGUGUGACGGUAAGGAAAAACCGUGCGUCUAGCGCAUCUAGAGGGGGGCUGGUGCACAUCCUGCGCCCGGGCCCAGAGACUGUUGGUUACUUUACUGUUCGUCAGCUUAGAUGAGCAUUAGUGCAUUACAUUUCUGUGAAAUAAAUGUGAAAUUCAUGUAACUGUUGUGAAGAAUAUAGUAGUUUUGCAUUCAUUCGCACAUAGGCAUACCUGUCCCGUGCUUUAAGACAAACUGUUACAGAAAAAAGCUACAGAAUAAUGUUAAUUUCACUUGCUGCAUAGUUCAGCAUCAUACUCACGCACCGUGAGAGUGCUCCAGGUUUUGGUGUUACUUUUUUUUUUUUGUAUUAUUAUUAUUAUAAACUUGUUUUCUAAGAAUCUA